AUGAGCACUGGGGCUAGUCAUGCACACUGGGGGCAAACAGGAAGAGAAUACUCCAGCCAGCACAGCUACGCCAAUGGGGAAUAUAGCAGAAGUAGUGUAGAAAAAGAUCAGUUAAUUGGUGGCACAGUCACGUUAAGUGACAGGCUGGUGUUGUUGGCACUGUGUGUUCUGUUGCCCUGGUGGACAGUCCCUCAGCUGUACCGCCUGCACUCGCCGACCGCCACAGGGGGCGCGUCCACCCCCAAUUCUGACCGUCAGCCCCACAGCGGCCACAGCCGGACUCCUGCUGCAGCUGCGCCUCCCACGUCUGCCCAACACACCCCUCCACCUGAUGACGCAGCCGUCUCUCGCUUCCGGAGCCUUUCUGAUGCAGAGCGAGGCAGGAGGCUGAUAGAGGCGGCUAUGGAGGGGGAGGUGGAGGAGGUGCGGGCGUUGCUCGCGGCUGGGGCGGACGUGGGGGCGAGGGACUGGGCCGGGCGGACCGCCCUGCACUGCGCUGCACGGAGUGGCCACGCGGCUGUGGUGCGGCUGCUGCUCUCUGCGGCGUCCGACCCCAACGCCAGGGAUCAGUGGGGGCAGACGCCGCUGCACUUGGCGGCAUACAAUGGCCACACAGAAGCGGCGGCCGCGUUGCUGCAGGCCGGAGCCGACAGGGGGUGA